CGAAUGCCCGCCAGUCUCAUUCGUCUCCAUUUCCACGACUGCGUCGUCCACGGAUGCGAUGCCUCGAUUUUGUUGGACGACCAGGGGGUUCGAGGUGGUGGACAAAAUCAAGUCCGACAUCGAGGCCGCUUGUCCCGGUGUUGUCUCUUGUGCCGAUAUUCUCGCACUUAUCUCCGAGGCCGCCGUUACUCUGUCUGGCGGUCCGUCAUGGAAGGUCAUGUUGGGGAGAAAGGACAGUAGAGAAGCGUACAAGAGAGAUGCAGACGAACUCCGAACGGUCUUUAGCAGCUUGAAAAUAAUCGCUGAUAAGUUCGCAAAAAUUGGAUUGGAGACUGCCGAUCUAGUGGCAUUGUCGGGCGGGCACACGAUAGGAAGAGCGCAAUGUGGCGUGUUCCUCAACAGAUUAUACAACUUCAACAACACGGGCAAACCCGACCCGGAGAUGGACCCCGCGUUCUUAGCCGACUUGAAGAAAAAUUGUCCAAACGUGCCCGGGGCAUCGUCCCAUUUGAACAACCUUGACACGACAACCCCAGACGCUUUCGACAACAACUAUUUCAAAAACUUGAAAAACAAGAAAGGGCUUCUCGCGACCGACCAAGGGCUGUUUUCGUCAUUGGUGCCGGGGACAGCUGAUCUGGUCUCCCAGUUCGCUUUGGACCAAAACUCGUUCUUUGAAGCCUUUGCUACACUCUUCUUCUUAUUCAUCAUCUUCUUCUUCUCGGGGUCUGCAGACGCUCAGCUAAGUGAGACGUUUUACUCAAACACAUGCUCCAAUGUGUCUGCAAUUGUGAGUAGCGUGAUUCGGCAGGCGUCCCAGAACGAUCCCCGCAUCGGCGCCAGCCUCAUUCGUCUCCAUUUCCACGACUGCUUCGUCAAUGGAUGCGACGCCUCAAUUUUGUUGGACAACAAUGGAACGGCGAUUGUGAGCGAGAAAGGCGCUGCCCCCAACAUUAACUCCGCUAGGGGUUUCGACGUGGUGGACAACAUCAAGUCCGCCGUCGAAGCCGCCUGCCCCGGCGUCGUCUCGUGCGCCGAUAUUCUCGCUCUUGCCUCCCAAGCUGCCGUCAAUCUGGCCGGUGGUCCUUCGUGGAAUGCCAUGUUGGGAAGAAGAGACGGUAGAAAUGCAAAUCAGUCGUUAGCAAACGCUUCAAUUCCUGCUCCAACUGAAGGCUUGACAAGCAUCAUUCAGAAGUUCACAAACGUCGGACUGAACAGCACCGAUGUUGUCGCACUGUCGGGCGCGCACACGUUUGGGCGCGCCCGGUGUGCCACGUUCAGCAACAGACUAUUCAACUUCAACAACACGGGCCAAGCCGACCCCACACUCAACGCAACAUACUUAGCCACUUUGCAGCAGGCUUGUCCCCAAAAUGGGUCGGGGUCGUCUAAUCCGAACAACCUUGACCCGACAACCCCUGACGGGUUCGACAACAACUAUUUCUCAAACUUGCAGAACAACAGUGGGCUUCUCCAAUCUGAUCAGGAGCUGUUUUCGACAUCCGUUGCGACAACCGUUGACCUGGUCAAUGCAUUCGCUUCAAACCAAGAAACGUUCUUUCAGAACUUUAUUCAGUCCAUGAUCAAAAUGGGAAAUAUUGGCAUUUUGACCGGAACUGAAGGAGAGAUUAGGAAAAACUGCAGUCUCCGAAAUUAAUACAUCGGAAGCAAUUAAUAAUUUUCCCGUCUUUGUGUUGUCAAAAUGGGCAAAAUCAUAUGACCGAUCAAGAAUAGUAAACACGUCAACAAGCAAUCAAUCAAACGAUAAACGAACACCAAGAUUUAACGUGGAAACCCCAAAUCGGGGAAAAAACCACGAAGCCUUCCACUAAUCACCAAGAAAAUCAGUGGGUACACCAAGAAUCUUCUCUAAAUCAAUUAGAGGUACACACAAUCAUCAAGUAAUAACUUGGAACACCAAACAACAAUAAUCUUCACUAAAGAGUGAGAAAUCCCCAAUAAAAACGCAGCAGUAAACAGAGGCAGUUUUACCGACAUCGAGAGGUCAAAAUAACAAUCCCACCGUUGG